GAAUAUUGGAGAAGUGAUUUCAAACCAUUUAAGAGGUUCUUGCUGCAUGAAAGCACUGACAGGGACCCAAACCUCUGGUUCAAGAGCUGGGCAACACGGGCAUCUGCCACACUGGCAGAAGUCACUUCCAGAAGGACCAAGCCUUCCUAUCCGAGAAUGACCGGUUUCUGGAUUUUGACCCUGUCCAUUACAGUCCUGGCUGAUUUCAAGAUUAAAGGAUAUCCUGAACCCUGCAAUGCUCCAGGACCCCAAGGAAUCCAAGGUCCCCCAGGUCCUAGAGGAAAACCUGGUGAAACAGGAACUAUGGGUUUGCCAGGACUCCCGGGGCCAAGAGGUGUACCUGGAGUUAUUGUGACGUGCCCGACCCCACCAAAAUCCGCCUUUGCUGUGAGGUUGAAUGAACCCCUCCCAAACCCCUUCCAGCCCAUUGCCUUCAAGGAAGCGCUGUACAACCAUCACAACCACUUUAAUCUGACCACUGGAAUGUUCAGUUGCACCAACCCUGGUGUGUACAGCUUUGGCUUUGAUAUUGGACUGUUUCAGCAAACGGUGAAGAUAUCAUUUAUGAGGAAUGGCAUCCAGGUCAGAGAGAAGCAAGCCCAGGCCAAAGACAGCUACAAACAUGUUUCAGGGAUGGUCAUUAUGCAGCUGGAGAAGGGGGACAAGGUCUGGCUGGAAUCCAAGCUGAAUGAAGAAGAAUCUAAAGAAGGAACCAUUGAGACUAUGUUUUUUGGGUAUUUAGUCUGUGGAAAGUAAGAUGGCUUGGGGCUAAUAGCACUAUUCCUUGUGUAAGUCUGAGUUAAUGAGCAGAAUUUCCCCUCUCACACAUUCCCUGCAACAUCUUAGAAAGAUGGAAAGUCUAUAUAAUUAAGAGUCCCCAGUUGACAAAAAGCCAAUUUAAUACUUACCAAAGAAACAUGAAAAUAAUAAAGCUAAUUUUCAAUGAAUGAAAUCCUACUUCUCUAGCAAACUUUGGUGGGGAGGAAUUGUGUCAGGAAAUGAGAGAAGGGAUGAAGUCUGGAAAAUUUGAUAUUGGGGGCAUCAGGCAAGCCCCUAUCCAAUCUUUCAAUAUUUAUGAAACUCUUCUCCAAGAUUUACUAAGGACAUGGCUAGUGAGAUGAAUUUUCCCAUUAGAUAUAGAAAAGUCCCUUAAAAACUAAGUGUGAAGGCCUGCCACCAUAUUCCCUCUCAAAAGGGUAUUUUCAUGGGCAUAUGGGAAGAAGACUAGAAGUAUCGUAAAGAAGGAUGUGUCCCAUAGCUUAACAAUCUUCAAAACCUACUAAUUAUCUAUCUAAUAUCCAUUAUGCCCUUCUUUCUUACUUUUUAAAAAAAGAAUUUGUUUUCUUUUUUAAAAAAAGAAUUCCAACUUUGUAAUAGCAAUGAGUCCAACCUCUCUUAAUGCCAGAGGCAGUCACGUAGCACUAUCCUGGCCGAUGAUAAAGAAGUGGGUAGUCUGGGAAGUCUCUUCCAAUGGGGAGAAAUUCAACUGGAUUUGCUCUUUGACUUGGUGAUUGCCCUUCUGUCCUCCCCCUUUUUCUUCCUUGGUAUGCAUAUAACAGCAGAAGCUGCAGCAACUAUGUUUUAAACCAUCAUGAGAACUAAAGCCUAAAGCUAAGCAUUUAUCUUUUAAAAAUGCAAAACAUAUCCUAAAUAAAAAUUGCACAUAAAAUGUUAGUACAGGAUAAAUAAUAAUAAAAUUAAUAUCCACGUAUCCACCACAUGGGGAAAUUAGUAGAAUUUUCAUACACUAGAACUACUUUAUGUCCUCCAACUAUUUGGUAGAUGAAGCACAAAUAUAAAGCUAAUUUGGGUCCCUAAUUACUUUCUUAAGCAGCAGAACCAGCCCUGGAAAAUAAAUACCUAUUUUAUUAAGUCA